AUGAGCAGCGAGUCGGAGGAAGGGGGGCGCCCCCCUCAACGACCGAUGGACCCGUUCAGACCGAGAGGGUCCCUGCGAAGGACUGCUCCAAGGGAGCUUCGCGCGACGGGCGAGUCGUCUGUCAGGACUCCGCCCGAGGCUAAAGGCCGUGGGGGGCCUAGCACCCCUGGCGCCUACCGAGCGCAUGCGCCCAGGGCCGCUAAGCGUAUAUUAUCGCCAGACACCCAGGCAGAGACAGAGCCAAAGCGCCGCACCGCCCGCGAUUUGUCAGUGGUCAGUGGCCCGACUGAUCUUCUCGCGCCUCCAGUUGUACAUACCCCAGCGACCGAAUAUGGGUCGCCGUUCUCCUCCGGGGACGAGGACUUCCUCCUCGGUGACGAGGAGUUGGGGAGGGCGACUACACGACAGUUGCUGGUCAAGGCAAACGCGGCGUGUAGAAGUAUCGCGGCGGUGGCAGGCGGACAGGCAUCUCGCCUCAACAAGGCGGAUCUGGCCAUAAUUAACGGCCAGCUUCGGGUGCUCGCUGAGAUCGUGGGGCACUGCUGCGUUGUGGUGGAAGGUCAAAAGACGGCUAACGCGGGACUGGAAAGGAACCAGGGACUACUAAACGAGGCCCGCGUGCGAGAAGCCGCGCGAGCGUCAAGAAAGGAAGCGGAGGCCGAACGGGCCAGAGCGGAGGCGGCAGCGGCUGCUGCAACAGCUGCAACAGCUGGGUCGACCGGUGAGGGAUGGCAGACCGUCAAUUACGCAAGGGCGUUAAAACGAGCCCCCAAAGUCCCCCAACUUAAUAUAAGGCGCAACAUUGGCAAUAUACCCUGCGGAGGGCAGUAA